CCCCCCCCCCCAUCCCAGCCCGCAUCCGCAGCGCCAUGGCCCCGGGCAGCAGCAUCUUCAUCUUCCUCCUCCUCCUCCUCCUCCUCCUCCUGGGGACCCCGGGGCUGGGCAACCCCGGCCCCUUGGAAGACGUGGUGAUAGAGAGAUAUUAUAUCCCUAAAAUCUGCCUGCGGGAAGUCCAGAUGGGGGAUUUUAUUCGCUACCACUACAAUGGGACCUUUAAAGAUGGCAAAAAGUUUGACUCCAGCUACGACCGAGGGGCCACGGUGGCCGGCGUGGUGGGCGUCGGGCGGCUGAUCACCGGCAUGGACCGGGGGCUGCAGGGCAUGUGCGUCAACGAACGGCGUCACCUCAUCGUACCGCCCCACCUGGGCUACGGCAGCAUCGGCGUGGCGGGGUUGAUCCCCCCAGAUGCCACCUUGUACUUCGACGUUGUCAUGCUGGACAUCUGGAACAAGAAUGACAAGCUGCAGAUCACCACCCUCUCCAAACCGGAGCGCUGCAACCGCACGGUGGAGAACUCGGAUUUCGUGCGAUACCACUACAACGGCACUCUGCUGGAUGGCACUCCCUUCGACUCCAGCUACAGCAAGGACAGCACCUACGACACCUACGUGGGCACCGGCUGGCUGAUCAAGGGCAUGGACCAGGGUCUGCUGGGCAUGUGCGCCGGGGAGAAGAGGAGCAUCAUCAUCCCUCCGUUCCUUGCCUAUGGGGAGAAGGGCUACGGGACUGUGAUCCCACCACAGGCAUCGUUGGUGUUCAGCGUGCUGCUGGUUGACUUCCACAACCCCAAGGAUGGCAUCUUUGUGGAGCACCUGGAGGUGCCCGAGUCCUGCAAGCGCAGGGCUGUGACCGGGGACUUUGUCCGCUACCACUACAAUGGGACGCUCAUGGAUGGGAUGCUCUUCGACUCCAGCUACUCCCGCAAUCACACCUACGACACCUACAUCGGGAAGGGCUACAUCAUCCCCGGCAUGGACCAGGGCUUGCAAGGGGUCUGCGUGGGAGAGAGGCGGCGCGUGGUCGUCCCCCCACACUUAGCCUACGGGGAGAACGGAGCAGGGGACAAAAUUCCUGGCUCAGCCGUGCUCAUCUUUGAUGUCCACAUCAUUGAUUUCCACAACCCUGAGGACCCGGUGGAGAUCGAGACCGUGUACCGGCCCGAGGGCUGCAACGUCACCACCCGGGACAGAGACUUCGUCCGCUACCAUUACAACUGCUCCUUGCUGGAUGGCACCAAGCUCUUCUCCUCCCAUGACUACGAGAAGCCCCAGGAGGUGACGCUGGGGACCAACAAGGUGAUCGAGGGCCUCAACAGUGGCCUCCUCAACAUGUGCGCGGGGGAGAGGAGGGUGCUCAUCAUCCCACCACACCUGGGCCACGGGGAGAGCGGAGCCCGAGGGGUGCCCGGCAGCGCCGUGCUCCGCUUCGAGGUGGAGCUGGUCUCGAUGGAGGAAGGGGUUCCUGAGGGCUACCUCUUCAUCUGGCACGGGGACCCGCCCGAAAACCUCUACGAGCAAAUGGAUCUGAACAAGGAUGGGGAGAUCCCUGCCGACGAGUUCUCCACCUUCAUCAAGACUCAGGUGGCAGAAGGGAAAGGCCGCCUCAUGCCCAGCUCCGACCCAGAGAAAGUAAUCGCUGACAUGUUCAAAAACCAGGACCGCAACCAGGAUGGGAAGAUCACCUCUGAGGAGCUGAAGCUGAAGACAGACGAGGACCAGGAGAAGAUUCAUGAAGAGCUCUGAGGAGCAGACCCUGCUCUCCUCUGGAACACAGGACUCCCACACCAGCUGCCCCAGGAAUCCCCCCCUGCCCCUCCCCAGUCCUCCACGAGGGCAUAUUUUGAUUUUUGUCUCCCUUAUUCUUUAACUGAGGGUAUUUUUUUGACGUGUUCCUCCUGGAUAGGAAGCCUCACCGACCUCCAGGUAAUAAACCCAAGCAAGAAAGUGGGGAAACACCCACAUUCUUGGGAGUCUCAAUACCCCACGGGGUUGGCAGCGCCCACAUUUCCAUGCACUGCCUCUUCCCCCGUGCUCCCUGGCUCUGCAGACGAUACCUCUGCUGCAGAGUGGGACCAAGGAUGCCAGAGCCAGACCCCAAAGCCCUCCUCUGCUCCCAAACUCUGCUUUGCCCCUUCCUUUCAGCUCCCCAAGGAAGGGUUGGGGCAUUGGUGUCCCCCCCCGAGCCCGUUCAUCCUCAGCCAACGACUGCACAUCCCGCUCCAGCCUCAUCGCCUGCAGAAGGGAGGCAGGGGCUUCUCCUCCUCUUCUACCGCAGCAUUUUGGAGUUUAGGGUUGGGGUGUUGUGAGGUGGUUUGUUUUUUUUAAUAUACCCAUAUAAAAAUCCUUUAAAGGAGAAGAGAAAUAAAGAGAAGCCUUUUCUGCUGGUCCCUGCUGCUGCCCCAGCCUCUGCUCCCUGCUGCCAUCCCCCUUGAGAUAAGAGGCUGGAGGGGGCUCAGGUUCCCAGGGUGAGAACCCCAUACCCAUUUCAGACAGCCUGAGCACCCCAAGAUUGCUGGGGUGGGACCUGGCAAACCCCUUGUCAGGCAGGAGAAGGAAAAGAGCUUCUCCCAACCAGGCCCUCAGGGAGCAGCAUCCUCCCCACCUGCAUCUUCUCCAUCCGCAUCCUCCUUAUCCGCAUCCUCCCCGCCCUGCAGUGACAGCUCUCCGUGACUGACAAAAAACCAGCCCGAUUUCAUUUUGAUGACUAAAUGCAGCUAAUUAAACUCGGUGCUGUCAGGUUUACCAGUUGUGAGCAGCACAGCUCCAUCCCCUCCCUAAAAAAAGCUUUCGCAGAGGGUGCCUCGAGGAUGGAGAGAAAAGAAACACAAGCACAGAGCAGCGCAAAAGGGCAGAGCGAACCCCUCAAACGAUGAUGUCGACCUUGCGCCAAAUAAAUCAUUUCUAUUGGUUUCCAAGGAGUUUGCCUUUGUGUCAGUUUACUUUGCCAUGAAAUGUUCCGGCAUGUCUGGGCAUGGACAAGUGGCCGGGAGCGUGGUGCCCAGGGGAUUUCAGACUCCAGCACCCACUGGGGUGGGCAGGAGAGACAGAGCCCAAACCUCAGCAAGGAUGGGCUGUGCUUCAGCUCUUGGGAUACUCCAG